AUGGGGGUGAACGACUACAAUUCUGUGUUGGUCCACGACAAACCCAUCGAGUCCGCACGGGCCCUCGUCGCCCCUGUUGCGCGCGCGAUCGGUGCGGCCAUCGACGUAAGCCAGCUGCAACCUCGCCCUGCCGUCGAUUUGAUUCCCAUUGUCGACUCCUCCAUCACUGACCAACUCAUGUUGACUGAUCUCCAGGCGCUGGUUCGGGCCGGGGCGAAGACCGUAUUCGUUUCCGGCAUCUUCCCAAUGGGGUGCAUCGCUCUGUUCCUCACCGAGACUCAGAACGCCGCGCCGAACGAUCCAGAAACGGGUUGCCUCAAGUGGCUAAACGAGUUCUCGCAGCACCACAACCUACUGCUGCGGCGCGAGCUCCGUCGACUUCGGCGAGCCCACCCACACUCCACCAUCAUCUACGAUGACAUUUACCGAGCUCUGAUGGCCAUCUACAUGUCUCCAAGCCACUUCGGUGAACCCCAAACUGCCGCUGCCUCUCGUGACUACGAGUUCAUCUCAUCAUGGCUUAGCGAAUGA